ACUGUGGAGGAAGAAAAGCAAAAAGCCUGUCUUGGAAAAAGCUUAGUGUUGGUCUGUCUGCUCGGAGUCAGUGUUGAAUCGAACACCAGCUUAUGGUGGAAUAAUGGCACAUAAUGAAACACAUCCCUUUUUGGAGAUACUAAAAUCAUUUAAUCUUGGCGAUAUGAUUCUAGCAUUCUGUUUAUCUGUUCUUGUGGGAUUGCUGCUGGGUGCUUUGGUCUAUGUUCUGUUAACCUGGGCAUCCAGACGCCAGGCCACCGCCAGGAUCACCAGGCGCUCCAAAAAGAGAUCUGGCACUUCACAAAAAGACAACCCUAUGAGCAACCAGCUAGGCCUUUACAGAAGCACUUUUCUGAGUGUCUACAGACAGCCUUCUCUGGAGCCAGUGGGGCCACUGGGGAGUAAGCCUGGCGUAGAGACCUCCACCUUUCGCCCACUGCCCAAGAGAAGCAGGGCUGGCCUGGAGAUGGGAGAGGACACUCAGGUCGCCGUGCCUGAAGACACGGCAGCUUCGAACUCAUCAGAUUCAGCAUCCCUCGUGCCAAACAAAAGACAUUCCUUCUGGUUGGGCAACAACGGACUUAAAGGUUUCCUGCCCUCACAGACUCCCCCUCCUGCAUACGACAGUGUCAUCCAUGCCUUUGAAGAGACUUGCACUUGAAUCUGUCGCCAUCAAUACAGCAAUAACUGAAAAAGGAGAACUUCACAGGACUUUCUGGUUGUGUUCUGCUCUUUAUAAGGGACAAUGUUCUCUGCAUAUAGAGAGAUCAGACCUUUUCUGACACUUUUCAGUCUAAAGCAGUGUGUACUUAAUUGAAUAUCAUAUUAAGAGAUAUAGAUUAAUGCAGAUAACAAUCCUUUUUAUUGAUUAAUUGCCUUGUUGGUUUAUCCAUUAAUCAGUUAGUUUCCCCAAUAGAAUGUCUCAAAAUAACAUAAAAUACCCAACAAGGUUUCACAGAGCCCAAUGUGACUUCUUCAAAUUCCCCAAAUAUUACAUAUUUCAUGAUGUAAAAUAGAGACAAGCAGUAAAUCCUAACACUGGAGACGAUACAUAAGCAGAUGUUUGGUAUACGUUUUUGCUCAAUUAUUGGACUAAUCAUUGCAGUUCUAAUACAGAUGUUUCCAUUGCAGAGCAUCUCAUGACCCACCAUACACUCCACCAGUUGAGAGACACUGGUGUUAAAGAGAGUCCAAGAUUAGCUUUUACUCUGAUCACAUGAAGAUCUAAUAUCACAAUAAAGAUUUAAUGAUUUUA